UUCAAAGUGAAUCUACCAAACCCCGCACUGUAUCCCUGAAUCGGUCAAUGAUUGAACCAUAUGGCUUCAGUUCAGGAGACUCUUCUGCUGAUGUGAGUAUGAAUCAGGAGGAAUCAAAGUCUUCCACGAGAAGGCAUUUGGGCUCCAAUUUUAAGAAGAAAGAGCUGAAUAGGUCCAAGAGACUGCUGAGCCCAGAUCUCCCAGAAUUCUCAGAAAGAGAGGAGGAGGAGGAUAAUGAAGGGCAGAGCCAGAGGGUCAGAGAGGGGCUUCUGAAGACACUGCAGGUCCUAAGGAACAGGAUCCAUACAGACCUCACUAACACAUUACAGACCAUAUCCACAGAAAAGGAAGAUUUUCAUAUAAUUAAUGAUGGAAAAUCAAAUCAAAGAAACAUAAUACCACUACAUGAGGGCUAUACGGAGCUGUACAUCACAGUGGGAGGGAGUGGAGAGAUCAAUAAUCAACAUGAGGUGAAACAGAUUGAGACAACAUCAUGGACACCAGUGACACAUGAAACACCAAUCAAAUGUAAUGACAUCUUUAAAGCCUCACCUGGACAAGACAAACCCAUCAGAACUGUACUGACUAAAGGAGUUGCUGGAAUUGGAAAAACAUUCUCAGUGCAAAAGUUCAUUCUGGAUUGGGCAGAAGGAAAAGCAAAUCAGGAUGUUCACAUCAUAUUUCCACUUCCUUUCAGAGAGCUCAAUUUAAUGAAGGAAAAUAAUAUGAGUCUGAUGAAACUUCUUCAGUAUUUUUUUAUAGAUACAAAUGAACUGAGAACAACAGACUUUAAUGAGCUCAAAGUCCUGUUCAUAUUUGAUGGACUGGAUGAGUGUCGACUUCCUCUAGAUUUCCAGAACAAUGAUAUUUUGUGUUAUGUGACAGAAUCAGCCUCAGUAGAUGUUCUGCUGACCAAUCUCAUCUAUGGGAAUCUGCUUCCUUCUGCUCUCCUCUGGAUCACCUCUCGACCAGCAGCAGCCAAUCAGAUCCCUGAGUGUAUUGACCAGGUCACAGAGGUACGAGGGUUCAGUGACCUUCAGAAGGAUGAGUAUUUCAGCAAGAAAAUAAAUGACCAGAGGCUAGCCAAUAGAAUCAUCACACACAUCAAAUCAUCAAGGAGCCUCCACAUCAUGUGUCACAUCCCAGUGUUCUGUUGGAUCUCAGCCACUGUUCUAGAAAGGAUGUUGAGUGAAGCAGAGAGCACAGAGAUCCCCAAGACUCUUACUCAAAUGUUCACACACUUCCUGAUCUACCAAACCAAACUGAAGUCCCAGAAGUAUGAUGGAAAAUAUAAAGUAGAACUUCAGCAGGCCAAGAGGAGCAUCUUCUCACUGGGAAAACUAGCUUUUGAACAGUUGGAAAAGGGGAACUUGAUCUUUUAUGAGGAGGAUCUGAAACAGUUUGGCAUUGAUGUCAGAGAAGCAUCAGUGUAUUCAGGAGUUUGUACCCAGAUCCUCAGAGAGGAAUUUGGACUGUACUUGAGGAAGGUGUACAGCUUUGUUCAUCUGAGCGUUCAGGAGUUUCUUGCUGCUUUAUUCAAGUUUCUUUUGUUUCUUUCAGAUAAAGAAACAAAAAGUAGCAUGACAGAUUUUCUGAAGAGUGAAGUAGACAAGGCUUUACAGAGUGAAAAUGGACACUGGGACCUUUACCUCCGCUUCCUUCUGGGUCUCUCACUGGAGUCCAAUCAGACACACUUACAAGGCAUCCUGACACAGACAGGAAGCAAUUCUGACAGCAAACAGGGAAUAGUAGAGUACAUUAAGUUGAAGAUCAAGGGUAGUCCCUCUACAGAGAAAUCCAUCAAUCUGUUCCAUUGUUUGAACGAACUGAAUGAUCAUUCUCUAGUGCAGGAAAUUAAAAAAUUCCUGAAUAGAACAGACUUUAAUUUCUCUAGAAUCAUUCUUUCUCCUGCUCAGUGGUCGGCUCUAGUGUUUUUGUUGCUGAACUCAGAAGAGAAGCUGGAUGAGUUUCAGCUGAGGAAAUAUAAACCAUCUGAAGAAGGUCUUCUGAAGCUGCUGCCAGUCAUCAAAGUUUCUAGAAAAUCUGAUCUACAGAGCUGUAAUCUGACAGAGAAGAGCUGUUCAACACUGGCCUCAAUUCUCAGCUCAAACUCUUCAAGUCUGAGAGAGCUGAACCUGAAUUACAACAAUCUGCAAGAUUCAGGAGUGAAGCUGCUCUCUGAUGGACUGAAGAAUCCUCAAUGUAAACUGCAGACACUUAAGUUGUAUAACUGUGGUAUUGGAGAAGAAGGUUGUGUUGCUCUGGUUUCAGCUCUGAUAUCAAACCCCUCACACCUAAGAGAACUGGAUCUGAGCUGGAAUAAACCAAGGCACUCAGGAGGGAGGUUGCUCUCUGAUCUAUUGAAGGAUCCAGACUGUAAACUGGAGAAGUUACUGCUAUGUAACUGCAGUAUUGAAGAGGAAGUUUGUACUGCUCUGGCAUCAUCUCUGAGUUCAAACCCCUCACACCUGAGAGAACUGAAUCUGAACUAUAAUAAACCAGGAGACUCAGUGAAGCUGCUCUCUUAUCUACUGAGGGAUCCACACUGUAAACUGGAGAAACUACAGUUGUGUAACUGCAGUAUUGAAGAAGAAGGUUGUGCUGCUCUGGCUUCAGCUCUGAGAUCAAACCCCUCACACCUGAGAGAACUAAAUCUGAACUACAAUAAACCAGGACAUUCAGGGGUGAAGCUGCUCUCUGAUCUGCUGAAGGAUCCACACUGUAAACUGGAGAAACUUCAGUUGUGUGACUGCACUAUUACUGAGGAGGGUUGUAAAGCUCUAGUUUCAGGUUUGAGAUCAAACCCCUCAUAUUUGAGAGAACUCAAUCUCAGUGGCAAUGAAACAGGAGACUCAGUGGUAAAGCUGAUUUCUGAUUUACUGCAGGAUACCCGGUGUAAACUGGGGAAACUACAGCUAAAAUCAUGCAAAUUUCAAGAAGGUUGUGCUGAUCUAGUUUCAGCUCUGAGAUCAAACCCCUCACACCUGAGAGAACUGGAUUUGAGCAAUAAUAAACUAGAAGACUCAGGAGUAAAGCUGCUCUCUGAUCUUAUGAAGGAUCCACACUGUAAACUAGAGACAUUACAGCUGUGUAACUGCAGUAUUGGAGAAGAAGGUUGUGCUGCUCUAGUUUCAGCACUGAGAUCAAACCCCUCACACCUGAGAGAACUAAAUCUGAAACUGAAUAAACUAGGGGAAUCAGGAUUGAAGUUGCUCUCAGAUCUACAGAAGGAUCCACACUGUAAAUUAGAGAAACUACAAAUUAUUACCUAAACAAUCACCUACAAAGGCUGCAAAUGGCAAUCUCAAUAACUUAUUUCUGUCAUAAUCAACAGAACCUACUUAGUGCUCUCUACUGGACAUUUAGAUUCAGUUAUUUAGCCAUAUGCUGUAGUGACUUAAAAUGAGGAACUUGACAAGCAAUUUAUCACAAAUGUCAAAAAUAUUUGCAGCUUACAAUUCCAAUAGAAAAUAUGUAUACAAUUUAGAGCAGAUGUUAAAUGCAGAAGCAGAGAAAAGAAUGUUUAUGAUAUUGCCCAUUGAUGGUGCUUAUAACAAGAAGAGGAGGGGACUAAGCACUAAACUGGUAGCUGUGACUUGGAUACCCCUCCUCUCCAAGAAAACUAUAAGGAUUCUAUUCCCAUGAGGUAAGGAUCGAACCAUUCAAGUGCAGUUCUGCUCUUCUGAUGAUCAAUACCUACAGCUGUUUACACAUUUCUGAUAACCAGGAUAGCAGCAUCAAAAGAAAGGAGAGGGAUCACCACCUACAGCGCCAAUAGUGGGUUGGGUGGUGAAAAUAUUUUAUUUUUUAAAAGAACAGUAUAAAAAUAAAUAUAACAAAAAGAAAGUAAAAUGGAUGUGUAAACUGAUCCUUUCUGAAAUGUCAAAGUUGUAAAUUGUUGUAUAUUUUCAUUUUAACUAUGAAUUAAGUCUAUGUAUGUAUGUAGAGUCUGCUCCGAGUAAGACGCACACACUUGUUUUUGAAAAAUGAAACUUAGGUCCAAAGUUUCCAAACUUUAGACAGAACUUUAGAUCCUUCUGUCAUGGAAUGUAGUAUGUACAGUAUGUUUCUGUCAAAAUUAGCAGAGAAAGUCUUGAAAUACAGAUGGUAGCAUUUAUAACUCUCAGUUAAUCACUCAAAAUGAUUUUGUUUCACUUUGCUCUAAAUGCUUAUUGAUAAAAGUACUGUUAGAUGUUCUGGUUAGACAUUCUACUGGUUAGACGUUCGGAUGCUUGGUUUUGGCACAAAACCAAAAAAAAAAAAAAAAAAAAGGAAGAAAA